AUGUACUCCAAAGCCGGACAAAUCGAUCGUGCUAUCGUUAUUUUCGAGAAAUUGAUCAACCCAGACAUCGUUUCAUGGAACACCUUACUCUCAGGGAUUAACAACAGUAACGAUGCUCUGAGUUUUGCUUGUCGAAUGAAUCAUAUAGGGGUUACGUUCGAUGCAGUAACUUACACUUCUGCACUGACACAUUGUGCAGAUUGUGAAGAAUUUCUCUUCGGAAUUCAGUUACACUCUCUUGUUCUGAAAACCGGAAUGCAAAGUGAAGGUUUCAUCGCAAACGCAGAAAAGGUGUUCGAUGAAAUGCCAAUGAAAGAUUUAGUCUCAUGGAACGCCAUGCUUUCAGGUUAUAGCCAAGAAGGAAGCUACGGAGAACAAGCAUUCACAGGGCGGUUGGAGGCGGACGAGGGGUUGAUGCGGCGGAUUCCGAGCAGGGUUGGGAAUGGAAUUGGGAUUCCGGUGUUGCAGAGAAUGGGGAGUGGGAUGAGGUGCAAAACACCCAUUUCCCGAAUCUGUUUCUUGAAGAUUUCAAGAGCUUGA